ACAAAAAGAGCUGAUUUUGGUUUUAGGGAGGAUUUUCUAUUUUCUUUUCCUUUUUUAAUUCUCUCUAUUUGUGAUAUUCAAUAUUUUCUAUAGGAUUUAAAUCAAUAUCCGCGUCGGUUGCUUUUCUUCUUCUUUUCAUAUCUUAUGACCAAUUUAGGAUUUUUUUCAUCGAUAAUUUAGACCCAUCUCAAAAAUCUCAGUUCAGUAGGUUUUUAUCUCUCAUACUUGACAGAAAGCCCAAUUCAAGCUGAGGAUCUUAUCUUCUUGGUUGAGUCCUUUAGAGGAUACCCAGUUGGGGAUCUUGGGAGGUUUGGUUCUGAAAAACUGUGACACAUUCAGAGAUGUCUGGAAUGCAGGAUCAGAUAGAGAUCAAGUUCCGAUUGAUCGACGGGUCAGAUAUCGGCCCUAAAAGUUAUCCGGCUGCUACUAACGUUGCCACCUUGAAGGAAAGCAUCAUUGCCCAAUGGCCUAAAGAGAAGGAGAAUGGUCCAAGGACAGUAAAAGAUCUCAAGAUAAUAAGCGCAGGAAAGAUAUUGGAGAACAAUAAGACAUUGGCAGAAUGCAGGAGCCCAAUAUAUGGUAUCCCAGGGGGAGUUACAACCAUGCACGUUAUUGUUCAACCUCCUCCAGACAGAGGUUCAGAGAAGAAAGCAUCGUAUCAUCAAAAGCAGAACAGCUGUGGUUGUGUUAUUUUAUAAGUUGCAGUUCAGAUUGGGGUGGAGAUCAUAGACGGGAAUAGAGCGGAAGAGCGGGAGCAGAUGUUGGUGAAUAUCAAGGAAUAGUUGGCUGCUGACUUGAAGCAUAUCCAGUCACAAUUCACAUUUUAAUUGGGGUCUUUAAAUCCUUCUAUACAAGGUUGUUUUGCCUGCGUAAAAUUGCAAUAUUUGCCAAUUCUUGGAGUCCAUUGGAUUCUACUAUUUGUAAUUUUUCUGUUUUAGUUUUGUAGUUUCCAUUAAGUAGCACACUUUAUUUUCUUUUC